AUGGCGAAUCGCAACGUUUGCUCUUUAAUUUGCCACAUAAACGUUCGCAUCGGCUGGACCAUCUUCGGAAUUCUGUUCGGCAUUUCGGCCAUUCUGACGUAUUCGAUCAAAUUCAAAAAUUGGUCGGCCACCGGCACGUGUGCAAUUGCCACGUUGUUCGCCUGCCAAACUUUGUGGAUGUACUGGGCGCUCAAGAAAAACACGAUUGUGAACUGGAGCAGGCGCACUUUUGCGUGGAUGAUUUGGCCGAGUUAGUGGUGGCGCGUUUUUGGUGUCUUGACACCAAAAAUGCGCAAAACUUGAAUUUCAGACAUCUUCAUCGGUCUCCUCGGACUUUUGCUCUGCUUAGUCUGCUACAUUUUUGCAGGAAUCACACAUCAAGGCGCCGGAUCCAUUCAAGGUUCGAAAAAUGUUGUCCCGCGCCUAAAACUGAUCAAUUUUCAGCAAUGUACGGCGAGAAUCUGUGGUUCACCGGCUCGUGGAGCCUCGUCAUCACAAAAUGGACGUGGCAAAACGCGUUUUUCGCGCGGAAGUACGCGAAAAAGUUGGGCGGCGGAGCGGUCGAAGGAUCGGAAGUGUCGGUGGCCGAGGAAGACGUGGAAGUCGGGAAAUAA